CAGUGUACUCCGUGACUAGCAACAUCUCUCCGAACGGAUACGAGGUGGAGGCCUGGAUCCGCUCAGUCAACACCUCAGGCACCAACGAUCUCCGCGUCUUCUCCGACCUGAUGAUUGUUGACGGCCUCGAAACCUCAAGAUCACCCCCUCAGCUUACCCCACCCAUCAAAAACCAUGUCUUCCCUAAACCAAGACCAGAUCAAAACCCUCGAACAAUCCCGCCAACGCCUCAUCCAACUCACCCAUUCCCUCGCCUCCCUCAUCACCAGUCUCAACCAAAGCGAUCCUCUUCCCUCAUGGACAUCUCUCCAAUCCCAAGCCACCAUCAUCUCCAACAACCUCCUCACCAUCUCCGACCACCUCUCCGAUAAUCGUGACCUCCUCGCCAACGUCGUCGCCUACCCCGACGCAUCCUACCCCUCACGCGUCCCCACCAACAAUGUCGCGCUGGAGCAGGUGCUACGCACGAAACUCGACCCCCGAGUAGAAGACUGGGUCGCUCGAGGUCGACGCGCCGGAUCGUCCGAUUCGGCGGCCCUAGGGCACGGACAGGGAUUGAGUGAACAGGCGCUCUCGGAUCUAUGGCAUUGGGCGCCGGUGGAGGCAAACCAGGAGGCAAGGAGGAGAAACUGGGGUGGGAAUUUUACGCUGGAGGAACGGGAAAUGGGAAUUGAGAAGGUGGUGACCGGGUUGACGAGGGUGUUGGACGAUGACGACGAUGACGACGAAGAUCAGAGUGACAGUGAGGAGGGAGAGGGCGAGGCGGAUGAGAUGGAGAUUGUUGGGGUGAGGCGGAGGUCCGGGGCUGGAGCUGGGUUGGAGUUUGAUAUUGCGGCUGCUAAUAAUACGCCUGGAGCUGGGACGAAGGUGGUGGCCCCGGUGGUGCCUUUGGAGGAGAUUUUGAGGUUUAUGACUACGGGUGCCGUGCCGGGACAGCGUUGACAUCUACAGCAGUUAGAUCUACAGCAGUGAGGUAUCUACAG